AAUGAUAGAAAUGACAAGAGUCUUCCUUACUUUACAGCCUCCUGACUCACAGAAGAAAACGACAUUCACAGAAAGAUGACGACAGGAAUGUGUCAACAUCAUCCUGUUCAGCAAAAUGGGAAGGACAAGAACACAUUCAAGGAUACCUCAGCACCACUCCAAGCUCCCAGAGAACGAUGAAGCGGCGCAGGCUGGAGGACUCGAGUGCAAGCACGCUACGUGGACACUCUACAGUUACACCGGUAGCAAACAGAUUUGUAACGGCUUCGUCUCUUUUAUCCUCUGAUUUUACAUGGUUGGAGUCUCCACGUCCAGCAACCUCCUGUGCUUCUCGUGUUUCUGCAUCUUCCAAGCCCUCGUCCUCAGCUGGGUCUUUCACGUGUGCACUGGAUCAAAGUAGUGACCCGGGAUAUUUAAAUGAACUGCUAGUGAUGGGUCACACCUCUAAGCAAAAGACAUCGAACACCAGCAAUGGAAGGGAACAGAGCUCCAAAAAGACCAUCUAUAGAAAGACCAAAUCUAAAGCCUCUAAAAGUACAUCAGCACACACUCCUUUACAUGCAAUAGAGUAUGAAGCUUCACUGCUGGAUGCAGCAAAGAGAAUGCAAGAACCAGUGCGUUCACCUGUAUGUCAGAUACCAGAAGACUUUGUUCUUAUUGAAGAUGAUGCUGAUGAUGCGGUUGAGAGCAUGGUCCGCUCCGUGCAGAUGGCUGAGGAUGAAGCGUAUGCCAAAAGCCUUCAGGAACAGUUUGAUAUGGAGGAGAGAAUGGAGCAGCAGAGGCUACAGAGCAGAUCGUCAAACAGAGACAACCACAUGGUUGAUCCGUAUGUUGGCUUGGGCUGGAUCUCUCCUUGGGCCUCAAUGAUCAACUCUGCAUCAUUCUCACACGGCUCCUCUGAGCUUUCAGAGCUGCAGCAGGUCAUCUUUGGAGAGCAACCCCGCAGACAACAGGGCCGCCGUCAAACCGACAGAACUCGCAAUUCCCGGCGCAGACAAGCUUCUCGCUUGCAGAUGGAUUUGUUUGAUGACAGUCAGGGAAAUAAUUAUGAGGCUCUCUUAGCGUUCGAGGAGCAACAAGGUGCUGUAGCAGCAAAGAACACUCUGACAAAGGCCGAGAUCGAACGGCUUCCCGUGAAAAAGUACGAUCCCGCACACAGCGCAGGAAAGACAGAUUGCCAGAUCUGUUUCAGUGCGUACAAUGCGGGUGAACGACUCCGGAUCCUUCCAUGUCUCCAUGAUUACCACGUCAAAUGCAUCGACCGCUGGCUAAAGGAGAACGCCACAUGUCCAAUCUGCAGAGCGGAUAUAUCAGAGUGUGGUGGUUUUUCUUGAGCUCACAACUUCAGGACUCAGAAUCUACCUCACAGCUGGUCAUUUGACCCCGUCUGAUUUUUAAACAGUCUUAUUUUGAGUGUUAUUAAAAUAUUUUACAUGCAAAAUAUCGUCCAAGGUUGGAACCAGCAUAAAGCACUGCCAAGCACUGUUUUAUUUAGAAAAAUCCUUCUAAGAUAUAUCAGACAUGACUGUAUCACACUAUUGGCAACAAACCUGUUACGACACUGUUAGCAAUAGCUAAACUUGAAUUUUUGACUUACAAAUAAAAUCACUUUAUAUACA